UCUGUGGCCCCAUACAUAAGGCCGUAACAUAGCUAUGACUAUGUCUUGAUAUAUUUUACUUAUUUGUCAUUUUUAGAAAAUAAAAGUUAUAACAAUGCUUCACAAAUUACGCCCAUGGAUAUUUUACUCAAACUACCGGCUAUUCUGCAGAUGUACUCGCCUAUCUUCCGUGAAAAUGGAACAAAGUAAAGCUAAUCCUUCAUCAGGGGAAGCUUUGGAAGAAGAUCCACCACCUAUGCCUCCUCCGUCAUUCCCAAGUCAUGAUUGGAUUGGCCCAGCUGAUAAGAAAUCCAACCUCAGAUUGAUUAUACCUGCUCAACCUGAACAAGAAACCGAUUCAGAAAGAGAUUACAGAGUCAUGAGAACAGCCACGUAUGAAUGGAACCAUCAGUUCUGGUCAAAGCAAAAUGAAAUAUUCAUCAAGGCCAAAGAGCAAUUUGUCCAGGAACGUCUUGGUAAUAAGCAGAAAGAGAUAGAAGACUCUUCGGGUAAUGAGGCUGUAAUAUCUGGUGUAAAGCAAGUUCUGAGUGCUGAGGAGAUGGCCGAGUUUUAUCAACAAUUUCUGAAAGAAAAUCAGCAUUCAUUCAAAGACUACAACAAGCAAUGGUACCGCAAAAACUUCUCUCUCUUGUGGCCAGCAAUAAAAGCCAAUGUAUCAAAGUUGAUGAAGAAGAACAAAAGAUGAUGCAUCAAUUAAGAUAAUUUGUAAAGGAAGAUUGUCAAGAGGAUUGUUGCAACAUCAGUUGAGAAGGUUGAAAAGGUUCAGUCUCACUUUGACAGUUGGCCCACCAAGACUAUGCCUGGCUCUAGUGGACCUCCAGUGGAGCAUGCUAAGAAAUCUCAGUAGUGUCAAAUGCUUCCCCAGAACAUACUGAUAUUUCCUUCUAGGUGGAGAGCUCAACAUUUUGAACUGGAUCUGAUGCUUGAUUUAUCUUUAAUUAGUGGGUUAUCAGGGAUACUGGGUAAAUGUUGCUUCAACUCAAACAAUUUAUUUUUUUUUCUGAUCCCAUACAGCGAAAAUAUAUACCUAUUAAAAAAACAGAGAUGCAUGAACAAACUCACAUCAUUAUCAGUCAUGGAUAUGAAUUUCACAAGCUUGUCCAUGUAACUGUUUACAGACAAAAAUUCUGUUGCAUUAACUUCAAAAGAAUAUGAUUGCUUUGAUCAGCAAUUGUUUGCAGUUACAAAGCAAAUAAAACGUCUGCCUUUGCAACAUUUUGUUUGCAUUGAAUUCUGAUGACUUCAUGCACACAAUUUUGGUGAGGUUUGUCUAAAGAAGCUCAUAGGCUUAAUACAGGGAUCAUGUCUGUCCUAUACAGUGCAUACCAAAAAAAUUUACACUUUGAAAAAGCCCUGGGAAUUAAAAAAAUAUACUACAUGUAGGUAUUUUUUUCACAUAUAUUCU